AUGACCAUGAGUUGUGUCGUGGCAGGAGAGCAGACGCAAUUGGAGCUCGGGGCGGUAAGCAAGAUUCGGGUGGCGGCCACCGAGACCGAGUUUGCAUCGGCGUCUAAUGCGCACCGCCUCGCGGUCGCAGUGCCUUCUUUUGCCGGGUUCUGA